CAGCGCGCGACGGCAGAUUCCUCAGCAGAAAGGACACGGCGCCAGCUGGUGCAAAGUCGGGCGACGUUGUCGUCAUCCGCGGACCGAGCGCAUUCGUCAAGGACCACGAGGAUGCAGCACCACUGGCGUAGCCCGCAGCUGCUUGUGCUGCUGCUAUUUGUGCUGCUCUUGGCCCCUGAGACGCACGCCAAGUGGACAGCGACCGAGAACGACACGUUCUACAUUGGCAACGACAUCAAGGUCACGCACCAAGCGUCGCCUGGCGCGUGCAAGCGCGACUGCGCCGCCGUCGUCGGCUGCGUCCUGUAUGUCUGGGAGCCGCGCGACGGUGGCACAUGCUUGCUCAAGAGCCACAAGGGCGUGCAGGCGCCGCUGCCCGGCGUGCAAGCUGCCACCCUCGUGCAUCAAUCGAUCGACGCGAAGAACUUGGUCCCACGCGGGCGGCUCGACCACCGCGCGAUCGAGUUUGGCAUUGACGGCGACGCACCGCUGCCGCGCGUGCCGUAUCAUUACGUGGUCGGUGCGCAGUGGAAUGUCUUCUUCCCGCGCGCACUAUACACGGCCGUCUUCAACGCCAGCGAGCGCGUCUUUGAUCCCGAAUUCACGCUGUCAUCGGACGUCGAGAUCCCGUCGCCGUACGCGGCCGUCGAGUCGAUUGGCGAGUGCGCGCGCAUUGCUGCAUCCCAGGACUUUGCCUUCUUCACGUACCUUCCGUCGCCGCAGCUGUGCGUGCCGGUGGCCUUUCCCAACACCAACCCGAAUGGCGACCGCGCCGCCGUCUUGCGGCACCCCCUGGCCGGUGCCCACGUCACGAUGAGAUACCCGAAAAAAGUGCCGUCGUCGUUCACACACGCGGCGCCGAACGCUACGAGUGCCGAGGCGUGCCUCGCGGCGUGCGAAGCCGCAACGUCGACCUGCGUCGGGUAUCACUUCAUGAAGGGGUCAUGUGCGCUGGUGGCGCCGCGGCCCGCACCGUCCGACGUCGUUGCUGGCUGGGUGCACCAAGACGUUGCGCACGAAGAAGACGUGAUGAUCCGCAUGGCGUACAUGCCGGGAUUUGCGCUCACGGGGUACGUCGAGCGACAGGGCCCGAAGAAGCCGUCGCGCUACGACUGCGGCGAGUGGGUCGAGAUCACGCAGCACACGUUCUUCCACUACGACGAGGCGACGGGCGCCUGCGCGUACUUUGACCCAGCGCCGUCGUCGACCAACAAGACGAUCCAGCUCCAGUAUACGCGCAACGAGCUGUUGCAGCUGCCGGGGCACCUCCCAACGACCCCGGUUCUGGCGACGCUCUCGGCGCCAACGGCAUCGGCCUGCGACGCGCUGUGCCUCCCGGCCAAGGACAAUUGCUUCGCGACCGUCUUUGACGCGGUGACGCGCGAGUGCGUCUUGCACACGCCGACGCCAGACCCGGCACGCACGCUCGCGUGGCUCGCACCGCGACGGCUCCUCGACAAUCUGCAGACAGUCACGGAAGCGCAUUUUUUCGUCACGGCGCACCAAGACGACCACGAGCUCUUCAUGGCCGAGACCGUGCUGCAGCGUCUCAACGCGACAACCUCGAAAGCCGUCUUUGUCUACGUGACGGCGGGCGACGCCAACGAGACCAACGGCUGGUGGGAAGCGCGUGAGACGGGCACCUUGGCCGCGUCCAAAGCGUGGGUCGAGGCGCUCGGGCUCUUCAACUCGCGCGUUCGCAUCGAAACCAUCUUUCUCGCGCAGCACAGCGUGCACAAGGCGACGAUCGGCAACGCAGUGCACUACUUUUUACGGCUCACCGAGGCCGCGGUCGAAGCCUUCAUGUUGCGCAAGGAGCUCGCAGUGCCGCCUGUCGACCGGCCGAGCGAGCGCUAUCACCGUCUCGACGACAUCAAGGAGGUUCUGCACGCCAUCAUGUACCGCGAAAGCAACCGGAUCCCGACCGUGACGCUGGCGACGCACGAAUUCAAAGGGUUUGCAGCCGACGAUAUUGGCGUCGACCACGAGCUGCAUGAACGUACGGGCGAAAUGCUGGACGAGAUUGUGGCCACGUCAAGUGACUUUGGUAACUGCGUCGCUCGGACCUUCUACUACGGCUACCAGCGCUGGCUGCACCCAAGAAAUAUGUCGCCGGUCGCCACGCGCCUCCAGCGGCACGUGUGGGCAAGCGUCUCGAGCGACAUGUUUGACGAGCACAAGAUUUUCUACCCUGUUUGGCUCGACCACGCGCAGCACCUCGGUCGACAGUAUAUCUCCCGCACGAUUGCCGCCAAUGGCAAGUGCAAAGUUGAUUUUUAGAUUAGGAACCGAUUUCGUCAUUUUGAUUUUAUUAACCUCCUGCAACAUUCUCCCAAUUUGGACGAGUGGACACCAUUGUCAUCCAGUCAAAAACGCAGGAGCGCGUUACGUGUUGCAGCAGCGGUGCGGCUCGAGGGGACCUUCCACUAUAGCUCCUCGGCCUGUCUCGCCCGCGUUUGCUCUUGGGACGUAGGCGCGACCCGGCGAGCGACUAUGACGCAGAAGGAGCUGCUAUUCUCGUCUCUACUGCGUACUGCAUAGAAGGCGAGGUACCACCAAGGACAACGCGCAACACGUUAUAGUCGGCGUCGAGCCAUUUGCCCUUCCCAAGGCCAUUCCCAUUGAAGCGCAUCGAGUUUGGUAGUGGUGGCAUGUCAAUCG